UAUAUAGCUAAGUCUCAAAGACAAAUUAAGUGGCAAAGUGGCCGGGGCAGAUAGAGAAACCACCUUCUACGACUCUCUCUUUCUAUCCUCAAUGGCUUCCAUCCCUCAUUUCUACUCGGAUUAUCAGUUUUCUCCUCAAGAAUUCUCAGAUAUUACGUCGAUGAUUGCUCAACAACAUUCUAUGUUGGGCCAUGAGCUCAACGUCCUUCCCUUUUUGUAUGAUAAUAAUGGGGGUCUUGAGGGUUUUCAGGUAGACUCCGAUAUCUUAUCGCGUGUUCCAAUGAUGACGACAACCACCACUACAGCCACCUCAUUCCCUGAGCAACUUGGGUUUUCUGAGGUUGUUGUGCCUUCAUUGCUGGACUACAGAAUGGGUUUUAGUGACAUUCCCAACAUUCAAAACUUUGGAGGCGGAUUUCAGUAUUCAGAUGCCUGCGAAUGUGGAGAGAGUUGUUCCGGUUUUGUGCCUAGUUUCAAGUCUGUUUGUCCUAAUUCUAGAGAAAAUUGGGGUAUUCAAUGCAAUCAAAUGCCAGCCAUGGAACACACCAACAUGAAGGUUGGCCGAUAUACAGCGGAAGAAAGGAAGGAUAGAAUUCUAAGGUACUUGAAGAAGAGAAACCAAAGAAACUUCAAUAAGACCAUCAAGUAUGCUUGUCGGAAAACUCUAGCUGACCGAAGAGUUCGUGUCCGGGGAAGAUUUGCCAGAAAUAAUGAAUUAUGUGAAGACGAAAAGAUUGACAAUCCUCUCCAAGAAAAAGAAUCAUAUAGCAAUGAUACCCUCGAGAUGAAGAAUGAUGAUGAUGAUGAUUGGCUGCAAGAAGCUGUAGCAAGUCUAAUGUAUGUACCAUAUAUAGCUGGAUGACUUAAAUAAUGAAUUGUGUGGAGAAUGAACAGAGAUGGAAAGAAGACUGUUGGGAUAUAUAUAUAUAUAUAUAUAUAUAUAUAUAUAUUUUGUGGGUGGAUGGACAUGCACAUGCACAUGCACAUGCACAUGCACAUGCACAUGCAUGCUCUAACCAAUCUAAUUAGGUAGAGAGAGAGAUGACAAGUUGGGUGUUAAUGUCAUCUUAACAUCAUUUUCAUGUUGGUUGUUUUCGGUCCCAAAAGAGGAAAAGAUUCACCACCUUACUGUCAUAUGAUAAUCUCCAUCUUCUUUUUCAUUUUAGCAAUGACAUGGAAGCUUUGGAAACAACUGUGUACGUUGUAAUUAGUGUUGUAGUUGAUCAGCAUAUAUUGACUCAGGAUUUUUAA